AUGGCUCCUGUCCUCUUAGAACCGACAAUUGUUGUUCCCCAGCCCAAUACUACUCCAUUGAAGUUAGCAGUCAAUGGUACUUCUACCAAUGGAGUUGACCUCGCCCUGAAGGUACGCCCUUGGCGACUCCUGCAUCUCGCCGAUACCCUCAAUCCACCCCCACCUGCCCUAGAAGAACAUCCGGAUAUUCAUAUCCAGCGACUACUCCAAUUGGCCUGGGUUACCACAAUCAGAGCAUUCUCCUGCUCGACAACCCUAUACAUUGGUCAAGACUAUCAAAAGGGUCAAUGCUACAUAGGCGAGGCAGCUCAUGGCUACUCAAAGCCGACCGUCCAGAUCCAUGUAGAUCCUCAUGACACCGUGAGAGAUGUCUUCCGCGAGUGCAUUGAAGCAUUGGGCCCACUAUGUCAGACCGGAGGUACGGAGAACAUCCACAACGGCCAGGCCGGUGAGCAUGACGGCUUCAACGUGACAAUCGCCUACCAGAAGCAAGCGCCGAAGCGCAUCCUCUCUAGUCAGGAUGAAUGCAUGGGCAGAUGCCAGGCCUGCUGUGGCAUGCCGGCAAGAGAGUUAAUGGAGGUAGAUUCGACAUUCACCGGCCUCCGCCUUUCAAUACGACAUACAUCCGACGAUAGGUUAUAUGCCCGAUUAGAUGUCGGAAACACCGGCAUCGGGCUACCAUUAGCUACCAGCCUCUUGAACAGCUUCAACCAGGCCCUUUCAUCAAUUGAUGGUUCAUCCACACAGACAAUCGGCAGCCUCGAAUUAUGCUCGCCACAAGAUCGUGCCCUGAUUACCCAAUUCACUGGAAGCAUCGGCCCUGCACAUGAUGCCUUGUUACAUGAGCUGUGUUUACAACACGCGAAGACAACCCCCGAUGCUCCUGCCGUUCGCUCUUGGGAUGGGGAUCUGACAUAUCGACAACUCGAGGAUUUGACUUCUCGGUUAGCACAUUGGCUAGUAGGACAAGGCGUGGGACCAAACAUCUAUGUGGCUUGCGCCUUCUACAAAUCCACCUGGGCUGUUGUAGCCCGACUGGCCGUCCUCAUGGCUGGUGGCGCGUACAUCUGCGUUGAUGGCAGUGAUCCACCACCAUAUCUUACAUCUGUCCUCGAACGCACCCAGAUAAAGAUCAUGCUCACCUCAGCCGGGUACAAGGAAAGAUUUGCCGAUCGGGUCGAAACCGUCUUCGAGGUCAGCGAUGCCUCCGUUUCCAGUUUACCAUUGGUGACCUCAGUCCCUUGUUCAACCGUCACGCCCACGGACCCUUGCGUUGUGCUCUUCACAUCCGGCAGCACGGGAAAACCAAAGGGAAUUGUCCAGGAGCACCGUAGCUAUGCUUCAGCACUGACAGAUUACAUCCGAGUCAUGGGCAUGGGACCACAUACCCGGAUGUUCCAAUUCGAUGCAUACACCUUCGACAUCAGCAACAAUGACUUCCUGGCACCUCUCAUGGCUGGUGGGUGCUGCUGCGUUCCUACUCGAUCCCUGACGAUAGACUCGCUGAUGAACGACAUGAACGAUCUGGGGGGGAACAUGAUGUUCAUAACACCAUCGGUCGCGAUUGACAUGGAGCCCGACCGCGUCCCAACCCUGGAGAUGAUGUGUAUCGGCGGGGAGCCAGUCUCAGGCGCGGUACUGGCGAAAUGGCUGGACCGCGUGCAGGUGGUGAAUCAAUACGGCAUGGGUGAGGUAGCCUCCCUCUGCGCAUACAACCGCAAUCUCGAAAUGGGCCGCGGGUCAGUGGUCGGUCGUCCUGCCACCGGUGCAAUCUGGAUCGUCAACCCCGAUAACCCUGACCAACUGAUGCCCGUCGGAGCCGUAGGCGAACUCCUUAUCGAGGGCCCUCAUCUCUCCAAGGGAUAUCUAGACCACGUCUCUGGGAAAUCGGAGAACUUCCUACCUGCACCGCCAGUCUGGAUGGCUCAGCUGCACCCCGAGAGGCCAAAUCACCGCCUCUAUCGCUCGGGAGAUCUAGGCCGGUACAACCACGACGGCACGAUCGAGCUGAUGGGCCGCAAGGAUAGCAUGCUCAAGCUGGACGGGGCGCGCGUCGAAGCCGGGCAAGUGGAGUACGUUCUCCGACGCAAUCUGUCUACGGGCGAUGCGGCCGUCGUGGACGUUCUCGGCGCUAUUGAUGGUCAUGGUGAUCCCAUUCUUGCUGUAUAUCUAUACUUGGCAAAUAACCCCAUGAACAUGGAAGGAGGUCCUGUGGAAGAGAUGGAGUUCCGUCCAAUUAGCGAGAGACACGCUGUUCAUGCGCUCACCCAGUCGCUGAGCGAGGCGGUCCGCCAGAGCUUACCGAAGUACUAUGCCCCUGCGCUGUAUCUCCUUAUUGAUACAGUCCCGCGCACUAAGUCUAAGAAGACUGAUCGCCGGAAGCUUCACAUGUUGGGUCAGGCUUAUUACAUGGAGCAUCGGGAUGAGCUGGAGGGGAUUACUGUCUGGUUGGAUUGGAGUGAGAUAUAA